CCGCGCUGGAGACUCCACAGCCUCAUGCAGCUCUGCCCGCCUCCCUUCGCUCUGCACCCCAGCUGACCAGUGCCUUCACUGACCUGGCAGGAGCCCUACUCAUUCCCUCCACAGCUCAUGGCUUUCGCUUUCCUCCCCCACCCCCGAUGCUCUCUUUCGCCUUGUCACCCAUGCCAUUUCUCCUGCCCACUUUCAGAAUUUAGCUUCCUCCUCUGCAGGCCUCCUCCAGUCUUCAGCCUCCACUCACCUCCCUUUCAGAAUUCUGACAACCCGGAGGAGCAGCUUCCAGCCAUGCCCUCCUAGUGGGCAGGGGCUUUCUCAGUCCCCAGCACAGAGCUGGUGCUCCCCCUAAGGAACCACUCCCAGCCUGGAAGGCACAGGAUUGUGCUUGUUUAACAAAAUGCUUCCUCAACAUAACCUACUUUCCUUCUUGCUCUAGGAGAGGGGGCUGGGAUGCAAACAAAAGAGAUGGACUAAACCAUUUCACCUCCUCUGCCCCAGGCUCCCUCCCUCCCCCCAUCUCCAGGAAACCGCCAGUCUCCCCCCCACACCUCCACUCUGGGCCUGGGUUCACAGUGGGAGGCGCCUCUUCCAAGCUGGCUCUCUGCUGCUCUCAAUCCUGCUGCCUGCUUUUUGCCUUUCAUCUCCAUUCCCCACCUUUUAGGUCAGCUAAUGAUUAUACAGGGAACUUACCUCAAUCUGCUGUCCCUACCCCAAAUCUGUCUUGUUCUCUUUAGGGCAAGGGUCAUGAGACUUAUGUCAUGACCACGAGACUGCUGCCUUUGCCUCACUCCUUUGCCACCUUGGUCCUGCUCUUCUGAGAAGCUAAUUGUGCACGUUGCCUGUAGCUCUCCUGAGCUGCCCAUGCGGGAGCGGGAUUUUAUCCUGAUGGCUGAUUCAAAACCACACCCUGCCCUUGAUGGGGACCCUGUGGCUGUGGAAACCUUGCUCCGGGAGGUGUUUGGGAUUGUUGUUGAUGAAGCCAUUCGUAAAGGGACCUGUGCCUCAGAGAAGGUCUGCGAAUGGAAGGAGCCAGAGGAGCUGAAGCAGCUGCUGGAUUUGGAGCUGCGGAACCAGGGGGAGUCCCAGGAGCAGAUCCUGGAGCGGUGCCGGGCUGUGAUCCACUACAGUGUCAAGACCGGUCACCCCCGGUUCUUCAACCAGCUCUUCUCAGGGCUGGAUGCUCACGCUCUGGCCGGGCGCAUUAUCACUGAGACCCUCAACACCAGCCAGUACACAUAUGAAAUUGCCCCUGUGUUUGUACUCAUGGAAGAGGAGGUGCUGAAGAAACUCCGGGCCCUGGUGGGCUGGGGUUCUGGGGAUGGGGUCUUCUGCCCAGGUGGCUCCGUCUCCAACAUGUAUGCUAUAAACCUGGCCCGCUACCGGCGCUUCCCGGAUUGCAAGCAGCGGGGCCUCCGGGCACUGCCGCCUCUGGCCCUCUUCACAUCAAAGGAGUGUCACUACUCCAUCAAGAAGGGAGCUGCCUUUUUGGGACUUGGCACCGACAGUGUCCGAGUGGUCAAGACUGAUGAGAGAGGGAAAAUGGUCCCCGAGGAUCUGGAGCAGCAGAUCAUUAUGGCCGAGGCUGAGGGUGCAGUGCCAUUCCUGGUCAGUGCCACCUCUGGCACCACCGUGCUGGGGGCCUUUGACCCACUGGAGGCAAUUGCUGAUGUGUGCCAGCAUCACGGGCUGUGGCUGCAUGUGGAUGCUGCCUGGGGUGGGAGCGUCCUGCUGUCACAGACACACAGGCAUCUCCUGGAUGGGAUCCAGAGGGCUGACUCUGUGGCCUGGAAUCCUCACAAGCUCCUUGCAGCAGGCCUGCAGUGCUCUGCGCUGCUUCUCCGGGACACCUCGAACCUGCUCAAGCGCUGCCACGGGGCCCAGGCCAGCUACCUGUUCCAGCAGGACAAGUUCUACGAUGUGGCUCUGGACACAGGAGACAAGGUGGUGCAGUGUGGCCGCCGUGUGGACUGUCUGAAGCUGUGGCUCAUGUGGAAGGCUCAGGGCGGGCAAGGCCUAGAGCAGCGCAUUGACCAGACCUUUGUCCUUGCCCGGUACUUAGUGGAGGAAAUGAAGAAGCGGGAUGGAUUUGAGUUGGUCCUGGAGCCUGAGUUUGUCAACGUGUGUUUCUGGUUUGUACCCCCUAGUCUUCGGGGGAAGCAGGAAAGUCCGGAUUACAGCGAGAGGUUGUCUAAGGUGGCCCCUGUGCUCAAGGAGCGCAUGGUGAAGGAGGGCUCCAUGAUGAUCGGCUACCAGCCCCAUGGGACCAGGGGCAACUUCUUCCGAAUGGUCGUGGCCAACCCUUCCCUGACCCUUGCUGAUAUGGACUUCCUCCUCGACGAGCUGGAGCGACUGGGCCAGGACCUGUGAGCCUGCUCCUCCUCACUCCACCCUUCACACAGAGUCCCUAUGUUCCUCCCUGUGCUCUCCAGAACAGCCUUUCUAGGAAACAAAGUAGCCUUCACAAUGUCUAUAUGCUUUGACCCACUAACUUUCCUCACAAAAUAUUUGAGAAUGUUUAAAUAAACGAUAGUAUAGCUGUAUGAUGGAAUGUUAUCCUGCCGUUAAAAUUGUUAAUAAAGGCUCGGCACCUGUGGCUCAAGCGGCUAAGGCGCCAGCCACAUACACCUGAGCUGGCGGGUUCGAAUCCAGCCUGGGCCUGCCAAACAAUAAUGACGGCUGCAACCAAAAAAAUAGCUGGGCGUUGUGGCGGGUGCCUGUAGUCCCAGCUACUUGGGAGGUGGAAACAGGAGACUCGCUUGAGCCCAGGAGUUGGAGGUGGUUGUGAGUUGUAAUGCCACGGCACUCUACCCAGGGCAACAGCUUGAGGCUCUGUCUCAAAAUAAAUAAAUAAAUAAAUAAUACAUUUGUUAAUAAAGAAAAAAAAAAUUUUUUUUUGAGACCGUCUCAUUAUGUUGCCCUUGGUAGAGUGCUGUGGUGUCAUAGCUCACAGUAACCUUAAAUUCUUGGGCUUCCGCGAUUAUCAUGCCUCAGCCUCCCUAGUAGGUGGGACUACAGGCGCCCACCACAACAUCUGGCUAUUUUUUUUUUUUGUAGAGACAGAGUCUCACUUUAUGGCCCUCGGUAGAGUGCCGUGGCCUCACACAGCUCACAGCAACCUCCAACUCCUGGGCUUAAGCGAUUCUCUUGCCUCAGCCUCCCGAGUAGCUGGGACUACAGGCGCUCGCCACAACGCCCGGCUAUUUUUUGGUUGCAGUUUGGCCGGGGCCGGGUUUGAACCCGCCACCCUCGGUAUAUGGGGCCGGAGCCUUACCGAGACUGAGCCACAGGUGCCGCCCCCCGGCUAUUUUUUAUUUGCAGUUGUCAUUAUUGUUUAGCUGGCUGGGGCCAGGCCUGAACCCGCCAGCCUUAGUGUAUGUGGCCAGUGGCCUACUCACUGAGCUACAGGGACCGAGCCAAUAAAGAAAAUUUUUAUUGAUAUGAGAAAAAUUAAUGUUAUGUUGGUUUGGCGCUCGUAGCAGAGUGCUUACAGCUCCAGCCACAUAAACCAAGGCUCGCAAGUUCAAACCUGGCUUGGGUCAGCUAAACAACAAUGACAACUGCAAUAAAAAAUAGCUAGAUGCUAGAGGGUGCCUGUAGUCCCAGCUACUGGGGAGGCUGAGGCAAGAGAAUCGCUUAAGCCCAAGAGUUUGAGGUUGCUGUGAGCUGUGAUGCCACGGCACUCUACUGAGGGCAGCAUAGUGAGACUGUAAAAAAAAAAAAUAUGUAUAUAUAUGUAAUGUUAUAUUAAAAAGCUGGAUAUAUUUAUAUAAUAUCUGAGCUAUGUUCCAAAAUACAUAGGAAAAGACUGAUAAAACAAAAUAUGCCAAAAUCUUAAUAGUUUUCCCUGGGUUAGAAUAGAAAAUUAUUAAACAGACUCCCUUAUACCUUUAGUGCUCCCUCACUUUUAUUAUGUAAUGAAUAUGCAUUCCUUUUGUAAUUGGAAAAUAAUAAAGUUAAAAUUUCAAAUAUUUU